UACCCCUGAGGCUGCCACUGCAGCACUCAGAGUGGCAGCUAGAGGCUCGGUCCAUGCCGUGCCCCCUGGACGGUGCUUGCGAGGCUGAGCAAGAGGACUUGGCAUCUUGACAUUUAGGAUUGCAAGGACGGAGUGUCACCAGGGUAAAGGACCAUGUUGCGCCGCAAACCCUCCAACGCCAGUGAGAAGGAGCCCACUCAGAAGAGAAAGCUCUCACUUCAGCGCUCCAGCAGCUUCAAGGAUUUUGCCAAAUCCAAACCCAGCUCCCCCGUGGUGAGCGAGAAGGAAUUUAAUCUGGAUGAUAAUAUUCCAGAAGACGACUCAAGUGUCCCUACCACAGAAGAUGCUGGGAAGAGUGGCAAAAAGCUGGGGAAAAAGUGGAGGGCCGUGAUCUCCCGAACCAUGAACAGGAAGAUGGGCAAGAUGAUGGUGAAGGCCCUGUCAGAAGAGAUGGGAGACACUCUGGAGGAGGGCUCCGCCUCCCCGACAUCUCCAGACUGCAGCCUGGACAGCCCCAGCCCUGAGAAGAUGGCACUGGCCUUUUCUGAGCACGAGGAGCGAGAGCUCCCAGCACUUAGCCGUCAGGCAUCCACAGGCAGUGAGCUUUGCAGCCCCAGCCCAGGCUCUGGCAGCUUUGGAGAGGAACCACCUGCCCCCCAGUACACAGGGCCCUUCUGUGGCAGGGCACGAGUCCACACCGACUUCACUCCCAGCCCCUAUGACCAUGACUCGCUGAAACUGCAGAAAGGAGAUGUGAUCCAGAUCAUUGAAAAGCCACCCGUGGGCACAUGGCUGGGCCUGCUCAAUGGCAGGCUGGGAUCUUUCAAGUUCAUCUAUGUGGAUGUGCUGCCAGAGGAGGCCGCGGGGCCGGCCCGCCCCAGCCGCCGACAAAGCAAGGGCAAGAGGCCCAAGCCAAAGACUCUGCACGAGCUGCUGGAGCGCAUAGGCCUAGAGGAGCACACGUCCACCCUGCUGCUCAAUGGCUACCAGACUCUAGAGGACUUCAAAGAGCUUCGAGAAACGCACCUCAAUGAGCUGAACAUCACAGACCCACAACAUCGAGCCAAGCUGCUCACAGCCGCCGAGCUGCUGUUGGACUACGACACAGCCGGCAGCGAGGAAGCGGAAGAGGGCACCGAAAGCAGCCAGGAGCCAGUGGCAAACACUGUGUCUGAACCCAAGGUGGACAUUCCUCGAGACUCUGGCUGUUUCGAGGGUUCAGAGAGCGGACGUGAUGAGGUGGAGCUGGCGGGCGCUGAGGAGCAGCUGCACGGCCUCUCCCUGGCCGGGGCGCCUUGAGGCGGAGGUGGUGGCAUGGCCGAGGCUGGGCCCCAGAAGCAGAGACUGCAGGGAUGGGCCCAGCCUCCCACGGUGGCCCAGACCCUGGUGGACUGGUGCCGAGCCCAGCCCUGCUCCUCUGGGAGUGCCCAGGGCUGCAGGGGCCGGCCAGGGCCCUGUAGGCUCAGCCGCAGUGGAUGAGGAGUCACCCAAGGGCACAUCCCACCUGCCCAGCCCCCUCCCUCCACCAGUUACGGACAGCACAGAACAGAACGUCUAAGCACCACCUGCUCCUAGCCACAGCGAGUGGGACACUGAGGGGCCACCCUACCCAUGUCCCUCACCACCCAGGCCCUCAAGCCCCCCUCACCCCCACACCACUUUCCCUUGUCACACCGCUCCUGAAACAGGGGCCCAGUGUUUCAGGUCGGUUUCAGAACCCUGGGGAAGCUGGCCCUUUUAGAGGCCCCAAACUGAUCACGGGUAGAUACCCACUUCCCCAAACAAGGCUUGGAAAAAGCCACAUGCAUGUACCUUUCCCUCAUUCCUUCUCCUUAACUUUCUGAAAGGCUUGGCCACUAACUGGUGAGAAUUACAAUGGAUAUUGCUGACAGUGUGGCCAGCUCGGACAUUCUGUGACAUUGUCUGCUCUUCUGUUACCUGUGGCCCAGGACGCCAGUGGGGUUUACUGGAGGAGCUGAAGGGGCUUUGGGCUCCCAAAUGAAAUGGCUCCUCCCACUUAUUCAUUCUGUACCUCCCCACAUAACUCAAGCCAAGCUGCAACUUCCCCGGCUGAAAACAAUGCCCAGACCUCAUACAACAUGCAGCCUCCCCUUCCACUCCCAGCCCUGGCCAAUGACACUUCCUCUGAAGGCUGAUGGCAGAUCGCCAGACCUGACUUCCAAGGACAGAACUGCACCCUGGAAGUCACACGCAAGUCUGAACUCAGACUUGGCCACCUGUACGGCUUCUUACAAGCAAAGAAAGCACGAAGCUUGACACUGGGGAGCCCACUCCCCCAACUUUGCUUUGCAAAAGGUUUUGAUGUACCCUGAGUUCCAGAAGGGGGGGGAAGUAUACCUGUCAGUGGGGGCCUCCGGUGACCUCAGUACCCAGACUGUGCCCUGAAUUCACAGAGUAACCCAGGAACAGUGCCCACUACAUCUAGGACUGCCUGCUUAGUGAACACACCCCUGGACCUACUCUGAGGAAAUUUGGUAAAAGCUAGCUUAGGGGAAGGGCUUGGUGUAAAUAUGACGGGUUGGAGGGGGCUAA